AUGUGUUGUAUUGCAGAGCUGCGCAAGGAGCUCCCGUCGGCUCUGUUAUCGCUGCUGUCGGUGCAGCAGGCGGCGCCGCUGGGCGCGCUCAUUCCGCCCUGCAUCCAGGUGACGAAUAUCAUGAAGCCGGCGGCCGGCAAGGCGCUGCACCUGCCCAAGAUGCCCAUGGACGCGCUCGGCGCCAUCCAGCACGCGCUGCUGCAGAACAACAACACGCUGGCGGCGCACGGCGACUUCAAGGGCGGCUGCGCCAAGCGCGACGAACCCGACUCGGACGCGGAGUACGACGACACGGACGACAUCGUGCUGCCCGAGGAGACGGACGCGUUCUACAGCGAGGGCGGCGGCGCGGGGGCGCGCGAGGCCAUGGGGGCGGCGGAGGCCAUGGGGGCGAUGGAGGCCGCGGGGGCGGCGGAGGCCAAGCGCGGCGAGGGCCGGCAGACGCGGCGCGAGGCCGCCGCCGCCGCGGACGAGGCGAGCCGCCAGUUCGAGUGCCGGCACUGCGGCAAGCGCUACCGCUGGAAGUCGACGCUGCGCCGCCACGAGAACGUGGAGUGCGGCGGCAAGGCGCCCGCGCACCAGUGCCCCUACUGCGCCUACCGCGCCAAGCAGCGCGGCAACCUCGGCGUGCACAUCCGCAAGCACCACAACCACGAGUGGUUCCUCUACGCCACCAGCAAGGUGCGCCGCUCCAAGAAGGCGCCCGUC